AUGCACGCUCGCCGUGGAGGGAAGGGAAGCCGAGGAUGUAGAGCAGGGGUUAGCGGCUCUCCCCAUCAAGCUGGUGCGGCUGCUAAUGCUGUCAGGGAGACGCCGUCCACAGCUGCUGCGCUGGCCGCGCUCGCCGUCCAGCACGCUUCGCAUGAAGACCUCCUCGGUGUUGCGUACAGCCACAGGGCAGCGCUGAGGCCUGGUUUGCUUUCCCAGGCCCUGCUGAGGUUGGCGAAGGCCCUUUUCCUGGCAGCGUGCUCGCCAGCGGCCGCGGACGGCGGCGAAACGGCGGCGGAAGCAGCAGCAGGUGGCACCAACCAUUCCCUCUCGGGACCUCAGGCGGCCGACGUCGUGUGGGCGUGUGGCUUGAUCCAGUGGCUCCCGGCGGACGACGACGACGGUGCCGCCGCUAGUGGUGGCCACCACCGCCUCGCCCAGCUUGUGGCACUUGUCGCGCGGGCAGCCUCCUCGGAGGCCGGCAUCGACGAUGGCCACGUGACGAACGUACUGUGGGCGCUCGAGCGAUUAGGAGUCUCGAAAUCACCGGCGGAGAGGAACAGGAAGAAGAAGGCAUGCGAAGCAGAGGCCGUGCGGGAGGCAGAGACGCCGAUAGGAGCGCCCGGGCGUGGGGCGAAGGCGGCAGUAGAGACGGAGAGGAAAGGUGGAAGCAAUGGCAGGGGCGCAUGGGAAGGCGACGAGGCGGUGGAGGAGCUCCGGAGCAGGGUCGAGAACCUUCCUUUCCGAGCAAUUCCGUCCCUGUUUGAGGGCCUGCGCGUAGAAGACUUCAGGGAUGAGGUGGUGUUCCGACGGGACGAGAUUAUUCUCGGCGGUGGAAAGGUCCUCUCCGAGUCCAGGCUCACGGCGUGGCAGAGUAGCGAUGACCUCCCCUUCGCCUACAGCGGGAAGGUCAUGGAGCCUGCGCCGUUCUCGCCGAACGUUCUCCGCCUCCGCGACGCCCUCUACGAGCGGACCGGGGUGCUCUAUGACGGGGUCUUGCUUAACCUGUACGAGUCCAGGUCGAGCGCCAUGCGAUAUCACUCCGACCCAGACGUCGGCACAGUCUGGACGCAGGACACGUCGGUGGUGUCGGUGGGAGACACGCGGCAGUUCGCCCUGCGUCGGACCCUGGACCACUCCCCCCGCGGAAGGCACGCCUUCUACCUCUCUAGCGGGGACUGCGUGAGAAUGACGGACGGGUGCCAGCGGGACUACCAGCACUGCGUGAAGGUCGCCAAGGAGGAGGUCGGCGCGAGGAUAUCGCUCGUGUUCAAGCAGAGCAUCUCGGGCCUGGAACGGAGGCGGGGGAGGGCCACUGAGAGCGUUGCUGUCGGUGGCGGUGGCGGUGGUGGUGGCUCUGGUACUGCUGCAGAUAUCGCGGAAACACCCUAGCUGGAGAAGCGCUGUAAUACUGUGUUGAUCGAGUGUUGAUCGAAAGAGAUGGCCCGUUUGUUGCAGUUGGUCUGCUGCUGGUGGUGCUGCUGGUCCUGUUGCUGCAAACAAAACGAACAGCGGCGAGGUUGAAUUGAUGAGGUAGAGUUGCGUUCGAACGGGUAUCAUGUUUGUUGGGCUAUUGGUGAAUGGCUGUAGGCGUGACGAGGAAUCUGUUUCUGUGCUUUUCGUUUCGAACCUCAUCACUUCUGUUUUGCAUUACUGUGUAUCUGGCCGCAAUUGGCUGAUCAACUUUUUUUUUUCCGCGUAAUGGUUCCUACGGCAUGCCCAGAGGCCUAUUUGUUCCUCCCCUGAUUGACGCGGGUGCUUUGCGCUGAACUAUGAAAAAUAUCGUUGCAUUUACUUCUUGUGUAGCUGGGAGACAACGGCUCAAGAUAAGUUUGUUUUGUUGUCUUAUCUUGAAUCGUUGUCGGAUGUAUCAUUGGCGCCAUGAAAAAUUGACGCGAAGGAGGAUUGAUGUUGUCUGCCCUUACCUUUUGCGAUCACCGUAGAAUCUAUGAUCUCCGCCGGGAAUCGGGGCCCCGCAAGUAGUAGCUAUGUUCGAGGGGUCUCCGCGCGAUUUUUGGCGUUUUCUUGCCUUCCGGCUGUGCUUUUAGGACGAAGGCGGGGCUGUUUUUGCGUUCCCCGCGAUUGCGUAGUUUUUGUAAGGGAGAUGCACACGGGGUUUUGGUUUUUGCGAAGUUCUUGGCCGUAGGGGACAGGGUUCCUCUUCUUGCCACGUAGACGUGCUGGUUGACUGAGGUUGUGGGAGUGUU